CUGUACAUCUUACAUGUGCAUAUUUAGAAAUUCUGGUGUUACCAGGUGAUACCUAGCUGCGUAGUUACUUCACAUAGUCCGUCAACCUCCGCCGUUACGGCCAAACGAUUUUAUCGCUAUGAAGCUAUUGGGAGGAUUAGUUGCUUCCGGCAUCGGUGCGAUCUUGGGCGCGCUAAUUUCCAUGCGUUGCCGGCAAUGCCAGACAGCUUGCACUGCAAAGCCUAAGGAGGACCCUGCUCCUAAAGGACACACUUAUCAGUACCCGCGACCAGCACUUACGGUUGAUACGAUCAUUGUUGCGCGGCCUACUGAGGACCAGCCAGCGCAGCUUCUGCUCAUCAAGCGCAAGUUCCCGCCCUUUAAGGAUUGCUGGGCCCUGCCCGGCGGCUUUGUGGACGAGGGCGAGUCGCUUGACUCCGCCGCGGGUCGCGAGCUGCAGGAGGAGACCUCGGUGGACCCGGCCCAGGUGGCGCUCACGCAGGUCGGCGCGUUCGGGGACCCGGGGCGCGACCCGCGCGGCUGGACGGUCACGGUGGCGUAUGCGGCGCUGGUGCCGUCCACGCAGCUGGGAGUGAAGGCGGCGGACGACGCCAAGGACGCCCGGUGGUUCCCGGUUGGCUCGCUGCCGCCGCUUGCCUUCGACCACAAGCUGGUGGUGCGGUCCGCGCUGAGGCACCUCGCGGCAAGCAGGGAGGCGCAGGAGGCGGCCGGCCUGCCCGCGAGUCUGGAGGAGGCUGCGACCAAGCUGGACGGGCCUUGGCGGACGGAGGCCUAAGCCCUCGGGUGUGCGACGACAUCAGCUGCAUGUCGCUCGAACCAAGGCCGGCGAUGUCACCCACGCACGCCAGGCAGGGCGUAGGGGAGCAGCGUUGGGGGCGGCAGGGUGGACGCAUGCGGUGGCUGGCUUUGCCGCUCGCAGGGGCGCAUUCGGGCUACACACGGGCGUCCUGCUGCACUCCUGCCCGCCCGGUGGUGCCUGCAGGCUGCAGCGCCUCGGGCUGGUUUGACGUGGCGAGUGGUGUUUGGGUUUGGCGCCGGGGUGUAGAUAGAGGGUGCAUGGAGGUUGGGCGAGCGCAGGUUUAGGAGUCCUGUAGGAGUGCCGGUGCGCGCAGCGGUGCGGAAUCCUAACGUGUUUGAGGCAGCGAUGCGUACCGGUCCGGUACAUCGUCCGACAGAGGACGAAUGGAGGACUGUCCGUGCGGUGACAGCCCCCUUUGCGUGCGGUUGAGGGUGCGUGCGGUUGAGGGAUGUGGCAUGUAGCAUGUUGCGCAAGCGGGAAUUCUGUCGUACGAUGGCGCAUGGCAACCUGUAUCCGUACCGGUAUGGAGCACAAUGCUGCUUGGAGCUGCGGGUCCCUGUAGGUGAAGUCUUCUGCUGUGUCCUGGCGCAGGAAGGUGUACUGGCUGGGGGCUGCUGUGGGGCGCUUUGGUGGCGUGAGAAGAGGGCAGGUUACAGCUGGCAGGGCUGCGGUGCCGAGGAGUGCUUUGGCAGGGCUGCCGGAGGAUAGGACGUGUGGUGAGGCACCCUGGAUGGAUGCAAGUACCUUUGCCACGAGGCCGAUGCCUUGUCGACGGACGUAUUUAUCGGGUAAGACACCGUAUGCGGAGGCCUGGCCAUCCCCACCAUGGCUAGGACCAUAACCCAAUUGCCACAGAGGAAGUUGCGCGGCCGGUUGGGACCACGUGGCUGCACUCAUGCAUCCUUCAGCCGAAGACCCAUCUUGGGCCGGCCUUAUAACAGGUGUUGCCAGAUCAUGUGUUAUCGCAAGGACUGAAGCAGCGCGUAAUGCAUCCACGCAACCAGUGCGGUUGAAUGACAGUUCGGUUACGGAGCAGAGGAAAAGCCAAACGUAAGUUAGAAACCCUUUACUGGAAAUGGUGAUGUGCGUUCCUCUUAAACUACCUUCGAUGUAUGGAGUAUAACGAGACGGAAGACUAUUGACGGGCGGGACUUCAACAGGCAGCAGGGCCCCACUGGGGCACGCCAUUUUUGGCAAACUCCUUGACACUACAUUACAACAAUGAUAGACGAGCGCGUUAUGCGCGCCCUGCUCCUUACGGGGCUUGGAGCAGCGGGAACCGCACUGGGCGGGCUAAUGGUCGUCGCGCAGCCAAAGAUGCAAUUUAAGCGACUUGGGUUAUUACAGGGCCUUGCCGCGGGCCUCAUGCUGUGCAUCUCCAUGUUGGACCUCAUGCCCGCCGCCGUGGAGGAGGUAGGUUUCGGAGCCGCCAACUGCUGGUUCUUCGCUGGCGUGGCGUUCUUCGCGGCUGUCGUACACUUCAUUCCCGAGCCCUCCUCCGAGGGGCUGGUGCUGGAUGAGGCGGGUGACGAGGGCGGCAGCGGCGGGGAGCAGGGGGGCAAGGGGAGCAAGGGGGGCAAGGGAGGAGCGGCGGCGGGGCCAGCAGCGGAUGCGGCAGCGGCGGCUAAGAAGCAGGAGGGGGCGGUGCGGUCGCCGGGGAAGAAGGCGGUCAAGCGCCCUGGCAAGUCCGACACCGACACCUCGGACGCCCCGCCCGCCUCCUCCCCCGCCCUCACCACCCCCUCCCCCAACACCACCCCCUCCUCCACCUCCGCCGCCCUCACCUCCCGACGCGAGGCCAAGCGCCGCGUGCUGCUCUCCGGCCUCAUCACCGCAAUCGGCAUCGCGCUGCACAACUUCCCCGAGGGGGUGGCCGUGUUCCUGGCCUCCAUGAAAUCUAAUGCAGUGGGCGCCUCCCUGGCCUUCGCCAUCGCCCUACAUAACGUACCCGAGGGCGUCGCCGUCGCGCUGCCCGUCUACUUCGCAACGGGCAGUCGCUGGCGCGGUUUCCUGUACGCCGCUGUGUCGGGGCUAGCGGAGCCGCUGGCGGUGGUGGUUCUGGCGCUGUGCUGUCCCAUGGGUCACUUGGACCGGCAGCUGGUGGAGAAGCUGUUGGCUGCGGUGGGCGGCAUCAUGGCGUGGCUGGCGCUGAGUGAGCUGAUGCCGCUGGCUUCGGAGCACGCGGGGCGGCAGGCGGCGGUGGCGGCGCUGUUUGUGGGCAUGGCGGUGAUGUCGGGCAACCUGUAUGUGCUGGAUUACUGGCUGGGACAUGGGCAUGGGGGUGGGGAGGGGGAGGCGCAUGGGCAUGGGCAUGCGCACUGAGGGGUACAGAGGAGGGUAUGAUCAUACGAAGCACUGGCGUGUCCCAGUCCUGUGGCCCGAUUCAUGCACUGAGGGGGAUCAAAGACCAUAGGGGGAAAAAAAGAAAUUCCAAAGUGUGGUGUGAUAAUGAUACCCAUAGGGGGGGGGUACAGAAGGAGAGUACCCAAUGCGUUGAACGUGUUGAAAUGGGGGGGUGGAUGGAGGCUACCGGUAUGUGUGAUGCGCAGGUGGCGGCCGGGAAUGCGUGAUGGGCUCAGAUGGGCUGCUGGUUUCUUUCUCGGGAGUAGGGGAUUGCAAUGGGAGGAAUGGAAGGUUGGGGCAGGGCGCAAGGGCAGCAGUGCGUGGGAGUACCGAUGCGAGCUAGGCAGCGAGGUGCGAGUGCGCUGUGCGCGGACCUGACGGUUGACCUUUGGGGGCAGGCGGAGGAGGGCAACAACACGGACGGACGGACGGACGAGGUGGAGGCAAGGGGGGGUUGAUCGGCCCUCGCAGCGUGCGUGCUGCUGGCUGUACUGUCGCUGCUGGACGUGGGCGGCAAGGGGCUGUGGUUGGCGGCUUAGCGCGCGAUUUGAGUUCCCGUAAUCGGUGGGACUGCCCAGCCCAUGCAUGAAUAAUCGCCGGGUGCUUGCUAGGCAUGCUGAGCGGUUGGGCUUUAUUUACGGCUCUUGCAUUUCAGGUAGUGGCUUGCCGCCUAUGGCGGCAUUUGUGGAGGCAAGGUUAGCGUGGCAGCACGGGUAAAGAUGCGGCAUAAGGAGGCUGCGAUGGAAGGAAGGGUGACUGGUCGAGGUUUUCCCCAUUGUUCCUGUACCACGGAUCCCCCGCCGCCAAGUGUAGGCAAC